AUGGCUUUUGACGAGGACGGCCGCAAGAAGAGCAGCGGCCUCCUCCAAACCAGCACACUUCCACCGUCUUCUCUCCCCAUCAUCCCCGCCGCCAGUGCACUCACCAGCCCGUGCCCUCUCGUGCAGAUCAAGCCCAUAACCGACCCCUCCCACCCGGCGUACACACAACACGGACUUUUCGCGACGCGGGCGCUCGCCCCGUCGUCCUUCGUGGUCCUCUAUCUCGGCUGUCUGCACUACUCGUCGUCGUCGUCGUCAGACCCGGCGUCGGACUACGACCUCAGCCUGGACCGGGAACUCGACCUGGCCAUCGACGCGGCGCGGUGCGGCAACGAGGCGCGCUUCAUCAACGACUACCGCGCCGGCGUGCGGCCUGAGGGGCCCAACGCCGAGUUCCGGGAUUGCUGGAUCGAGCGUCGGGUUUCCGGCGGGAGCACAGCGUGGGAGAGGCGGAUCGGCGUGUUCGUGCUGAGUCCCGGCAAGGCGGGGAGGGCUGGGAAGGACGGAGGGAGGAGAGCCAGGGGGAUCGCCAAGGGCGAAGAGAUCGUGGUCAGUUACGGCAAGGGCUUUUGGAAGGCCAGGCAGUGCGAGGGAAUGGGCCAGUCCGAGUCAAAGGACAAGGUGAAGGAGGGAGGCUGA